UUAAGUUUAAACCCUGGCGCUGUCCAGAUCUCAGUGAGUACGGAGCUCUCAGGCAGAUCAGGAGUCAGAAAGAUAGGAGUCUCAGACAACGCUGUAUCUCGCUACAGCUGACACACAGGUGAACUUAGACCCAAUUAAACACACAGCUGGAUUAUAUAAGACCAAACUCUUCUGCCGACUACUAGGAAUUAAUCUAACCCAAACAAACAAAAAAAAGCGCUAUAAUGGAAGUGGUCCUGACAAGGCUGAGAGAUUUCUCAUGCAGAGAAGCCACCUUUGAUACCUGCAAGUCUGUAGCAGCCCUGCCUCACCGUGACAUGGAGAACAGAGGAUGUCUGGCUGAAGAGGAGCCCAGAGGUGGUAGCCCACCCCGAGAGACAGGCACCCAUCAGCUGGACAUCGAAACUGCCCUUGCCUGGUUGAGGAAGGAGCUGAUUGAGAUGCGGUCACAGGAUCAGGUGCUCAUCCGCCAGCUGAUGGACCUCCAUGCGGGCAUCCAGGAGCUGAAGCUGGAGUGUGCUGAGGCUGAGUUGGAGCUGGAGGAGGAGGAAGAGGAGGAGAGCAAGGAGGAUGAGGAGGCGAGCUGGGAUUCGGGCAGCGAUGCUGGGGACAGUGGCAGCACACUGUCCAGCUCUGGAGAGAUGGACUGCUACCUUCCCUCUGCCCCCUGCCUGUAUCCUCACCACAGCCCCUGCUCGCCGUGUUCGCUGUGGGGCUCCCCACCCAAACGUCAUCUCAGCAGGCGCAGCUCUCUGCCCUAAGCAUUUUGCUAGCCCAGAUGUGUUCAUCUUUACAGUCACUCCAAUCAUGAUGGAAGUCCCAUAAGUUAUAUUUUCCUACAUGACAAGUCCAUAUUAGCUGGAUAGAUAGAGGUACAUGUUCCGUGGAUAGCUUGUUACGGCCUUAACAAUCCUUUUUUCUGACCUGUGCCUUGCUUGCAUUAAUCGGAUAGCAUCUAAAAUAGCUACCCAUCAAGAUUAUGUAUUGGUUCACAGAUAACAUAUUUGGACAGUUUUAAAUAUAAUUAUUGGGGUUUGAAACAGUAUGUACAGUUUGACCAUGGUGAUCUAAUCGAAGUCACAUCCCAGUGAAUAGAAUAUCCACACAUUUUUAUCUUUCUCAUUCUCAGUAGCUAUAACAAUGCCACUCUGGAGAGGCAGCUCAUGUGUAAUCUGUGGUAUGAUGGAAUGCUUCUUUUUCCUGGUGACAAAAGGCAGCGAAAUUAUGCCUGAUGCUUUUGUGUGAAUGUGAACGUGUACAGUUUGUAAGUAUUGUAAUUAGGAGAGAGCUUGAUUCUGUAAUCUCACACACUUUAAUGUUUUUCAUUUUUGGAUGUGUGUAAGUAGCAUAAAUUCAAAUACAUGUAGCAGGCAAGAGAAAUUAUACAUUCACUGUAUGUAACUUUUGUAAUGAUUACAUAACUCAGUCAUACUGUGACAAUAACAAAUUCUUUCAUGUUUCA